AGCCUGACUGGUGUAAAGUAGCGAGGAGGCGUCCGUCCAAACAGGAACUAACUGGGAAAACACACCGAAGUGAUGUAUUUAGUCCCGACACACGGACACCUCGCUCCGCCAAACUACGAACAAACAACCGGGCGGAUUCUACAAACUACUUUUCCUCCGUGUCGGAGGCCUCUGGGCGGCUCACGGUGAACUCCAGCCCGCAGUGAGCAGCGCUGUUUGGGGGCUGACGAGAGGAGGGAGGCGGUGGGGGGCUGUCACAGCAGCAGGCUAGGCUAGGCUAGGCUAGGCUAGGCGAUUAGCACGCUAGGCUAACAGCUUCAGCCCCCAGAAAAGCCUGAACUUGGAGAAACUUUGUCAAAAAUCAGUCGAUUAAUCGGCUCCUCCGGAAACACCUGAGAACAUUAAAACAUCGCUAAUUUGCCGCCAAAACAAAGGUGUUAGCCUUCCAGUGUUAGCAUCGCUAGUUAGCCAGCUAGUUAGCUAAUUAGCUCCCACCAGUGUUGUCAACACAUCCAGGCUGUGACAGCAGGGGUGUAGCGGAGAGAAACACAUCCACUGUAACGUUAUCCACAGAGAUACUUAACUUCUACUUUAUGUUAAUGGACAUUAAUUAGCAUUAGCAUAUUAAUUAGCACCAAGUUAUAUGCGGCUAAAGGCUGUGAAGGCGCCUGUCAGUGCUGUCUGAAACAUAAAUCUGUUUUAUGUCGGUGUGUUAUUGGACGGUGAUUUUCGGGCUGAGCUGAACUUUUAAUUUCUCCGUGCUGUGUGUAGUUAGCAUGGAGGCUCUGGAGCCUGGCAGCGGCAGCGGCUCGGAGCGGUUACAUAACGCCAGCAGGUCGAGGGAGAAGCUGCUGCACGUCGCCUCCUCCUCAGCCUCCUCAGCCCGGCUCUGACAGCUGUAAACUGCUCCGACAUCCUCCCCACCCUCCACCCACCCCCCCAAUAGACGGACGGACAGACAGACAGACGGAGACACAACACAACAACAAGCACACAGCAGCAUGGAGCAGAUCUGAGCCUGCAGGGACACAGACACAACACAGGACACAUUUCGCUCAAGAUGGAUUCAAACCCGCUGAUAAACGCCAUGGACCCCUCCAUCACGCUGUGGCAGUUCCUGCUCCACCUGCUGGAGGACCAGCGACAGCGUCACCUGAUUUCCUGGACAGGUGAGGACGGAGAGUUUAAGCUGUUGGAUGCCGAGGAGGUUGCACGACUGUGGGGGCUCCGCAAGAACAAGCACAACAUGAACUACGACAAGCUGAGCCGAGCGCUGAGAUACUACUACGACAAGAACAUCAUAAAGAAGGUGAGCGGUCAGAAAUUUGUGUAUAAGUUCGUCAGUCAGCCCGACCCCUCCCUGUCUGAGGGGCUACGUACUGGAGAGGAGGGCCAGAGGAGGGACACCGCUGACCCCAACAGCCAAUCAAAAGGCAUCGGGGGCGUGGCCUCAAACUGUCAAUCAAAGGGCUUACCCCAGCGUUCUUCACCCAGCGGCCCCCAGAAAAGUUCUCGUAACGACUACAUGAAGUCCGGCCUCUACUCCACCUUCACCAUCCAGUCACUGCAGGCCUCACCCAACCCACGGCCAAUCAAAACAGAGCUGCUGCUACAGCAAGACCCCGCCCCCAAGCUCGACCGCACGCCCAGAGAGGUCUGUGUGUUAUCAGAGUCUAAGUCCUCUCCGUCAGUGGGUGGAGCUGUUGACUCUGCUCUCCAGGUGAUUGUCACUCAGCCGUCUCCGUGUCCGACUCCGGCUCUCAGCCCCCAGAUACCAGCCAACACCACCAGCCAAUCACAGAAUCCUCCUGCACCUCCUCUGAGUGACCCUCCUCAGAUUUAUCUCACCAGCGUCACGGACCCAUCCUCCCUCACCCCCCUCAUCCCCCUGGGUCCUGUUGGGGGGUCAGUGAGUCCGGCGCCUCCCCCCCACGUACCAAUGGGCCCCCAGGGGCCUCAGCAGGACGACUGCGGGGGAGUCAACAACCCGGCCAGCUUUCCCCCUCACCCCCACACUGCUCCUCACCCCCACACUGCUCCUCACUCUCACACUGCUCCUCACCCCCACACUGCUCCUCACCCGUCUCACCCUCCACCUGUCUUCGUCAUCAUCAACCCCCCUCCCACCCAGCAGCAGCAGCAGCCACAGCAGCCGGCGGCCGUGGUGGCUCCUGCUCCCUCUGUUCCUCCCCCUGCACGUCCUCCUCCUCCACCAAUCGUCAUCAAGGAGGAGACCCAGCCAUCAGAGGAGGACUUGCUGGAGAUGGUGUCUAUGGGGGAGAAACAGGUGGAUCAGGUCCCUCAGCUGGUCUGUGGCCCAGGGGAUCCAGAGCCCCCCCUCACCAUCGUGGAGAGCCCACCCCCCCCCUGCAUGGAGCUGGGAGUCGGAGGUCAGCAGCCUGCAGGGGAGGGGGAGGGCAAGGACACGCUAACAGAUCCCUCCGUCCCUCCAGUGACCUCCUCCUCAGCGGUGACCUCUACGGUGACCUCAGAGGCCGCUCCUCCCAAACCAAAGAAGCCGCGGGGCCUGGAGCUGCCCUCCUCCCCCUCCCUCCCCCCAGGCCUCUCCCUGGAUAAGGUGAAUGCAGCUGUCAACAGUUUAUUGGCUCCCGGAUCAGCGACCAACACGCUCACACCGACUGUCAUCACCUCCCACGCUCUGACUCCAGUCCUGCUGACUCCCAGUCCUCUUCCCUCCACCAUCCACUUCUGGAGCACACUGAGUCCCAUUGCUCCGCGCUCCCCGGCCAAACUCUCCUUCCAGUUUCCCACUAAUGGCAGUAAUCAGAUCCACAUCCCGGCUCUGAGCGUCGACGGUCUCUCCACCCCCGUGGUUCUCUCCCCCGGCCCCCAGAAACCCUGAGCUUCCUGCCCGCCUCACGCAGCUCCUCACCGGGCUCAGGACUCACAUCGCCUCCCGCAGGGUCGGAGGACAACUGGAUCUGGGACUCUCCACUCAAACCAGGAACCACGUAGUUUUUGGGCGCUGUCGCCUGACUGGUAAGACUGGGAGAUUUGGUGGUUUAUGGGGACCUUUUACUGGUGGAAUAUUCGCAGCUGGAGAAUCAUCGUCCAAAACAGACUGAAGUCCCAGUUUGGUGAACGCUGGAGACGCCGCAGCUUCUGAACUCCUCUGCUGACAGAAUAUUUUAAAGAUGCAGGUGGAUGUCUGGGCUUCAUCCUCCUCUAACCCUCAUUUCUUUCAGAGGUUUCAUAGCGGCGCUCAAACACCGUGACGGGGUCGUGGAAAAAACGGGACGCUUCUCUUGACUUGAACGCAUCUGGAGAAGCCAACAGAAAAGAAAUCACGUGACGACAGAUGAGGUGGAGGGAUUCCUCUUCUUCUUCUGCUGAAGGCUGCAACCACCAACAAGACUUUAGGACAAAGAUAGUUUUUAACAGACGUGACUGUUCUUCUGUGAACAACAGAAAAAGAUUUAUUUUGAGAUAAAAUGGAGAAAAGCAGCAAACUGGAAAAACACUGAUUUAAUAUUGUCGGACUCACUGAAGAGCUUCAGGCCAGUGAGACGCCGCUUCCUGUCAGUUUGUCACAUCUUUAAAUCGAGGUUUGACCUGAGCCUCGUUAAUAUUCAUGAGGAAACUUCUGGAGACGCAGAUUUAUCUCAGAUCUUCUUUUCGGGGUUUUUUUGCUCGUCAUCGUCUGUUUUUUUAAAACGUGGUUAUUUAUUUCUGUUUCUCUGCAGAUUGUUUAAAAUGACUCGGCAUCGUGGCUCCUGACUGUCGAGGGCGCGCUUGAUUUGAUGACUCCCUGAUGACUUUUACUCGUUUUAUAAACUCGCCUCUGACGGAUCCCUUCAGACUUUAAGGGCCAUUUAAGGGUUUUUGCUUCGCUCUUAUUGGCCGCUUUUGUAAAGGCCACGCCUUUCUCCAGUUAUGCAUGGCCUGUUAUUGGACUGAACUCCUCAGCAUUAUUUUUGAACUGACCAAUCACAGAGGAGGGAUGGUGAUGAUGAUGGUGAUGAUGGUGAUGAUGAUGGACCUGAGCUGCAGGCGCUCAGAGAUUUUAAACAGCCAAGUUCUUUCUCUGUAAAAGUUCCUGUGUGUGACAGAUUGUAUAUUUUCUGCAGGAGAACAGAGAGUUUAUUAGUCACAUUCCUUCGGCUCUAACGCGCUGACAGAGGGGUUCGUUUUACUGAUUAAUCUCUGCUAAUCAUUUUAGUUUCAGCGUUCAUUCCAGACGUAAUAUAGAUGUUUGUUGAGCAGCUCUGAUGAAUGUUUUGUUCCUUGAAAGCCUCGGACUCAUGGUGUUGUAACUCUGCAGUGAUGUUGCCACAAGUUUUUAUGAGAACAAUCAGAUUCAUUCAGACGUCGCAGUUCAGUUAAAGGGCCAGUGUGUAAUAUUUGGCAUGGUUUAUUGUCAAUCUGAAUCUUCUACCCAUUAAUAUGUUCAUACAAGUGUAUAA